AUGUCAGGCUUGCCGUUCAUGUCGGAAACGAAAAAAUGUGAUGCUGCUCGUCCUCAUUGCGGUACCUGUGUCAAGCAAUGGCAAGCGCUUGUGAGCGUCCCAGCACCAGUCGGCUAUGCGCAUCCAACCGAGCCUCAAUGCUCGUAUGAUCCAGUAGAGGGUUUGCGACUGGCGCCUGACACAGAUCCAGUCGAAAAAAUUAAAGAAUUAGAGGACCAGAUUGCGGAACUAAAGAGCAAACUUUACGACAAACAAAACGCCUCUGCCUCACCUAGUAGCACUAGAUUGACACCUCCCGUUCCUGCAGGAGAUCCAAACGGCUUUACAGAAUCCGAUGGAGGGGGAAUCGCUUUACCACAAGCGCCGCUUAAUAUAAUCGAUCUCAUCGCCCCCGAUAGUCCUCAGACGAGGUUUCGCAGCUCUAGUGGUAGCCCACAACUACAAAAACCGGGUACAGAUCCCUUCAUGGAUUUAUUGUUCUCCGGAUGGAAUCCCGACCUCCCAGAUCCUACCACAUUAAACCAUUAG